CUGUAGACCUCUCCUCCGGUGCACCCCCUGCCAGUGAGCGCGAGAGAGAGACAGAGAGAGAGAGAGCGAGCAAGCGAGUUGGUCGGCGGCGUUUCUAAUAUUUUCUCGGAGUCAUGCCUCCUGCAGUGGUGGCUGCUGGAAUGAAGAGGAAAGACCCGGAAUCGUCUUCAACCUCAUCGUGGUCGUCUAGAAUCAAUCACGAAGUAUUCUUGAGUUUUAGAGGUGCAGAUACUCGCAAAGGGUUCACGGAUCACCUUUACAGCAAGUUGGUAGAUGCAGGGAUCCACGUCUUCAGAGACAACGAAAAGCUCUGUACUGGAGAAGCGAUCAAGCCGCAGCUCGUAGAAGCGAUCGCGGGGUCGAAGAUCUCGAUAGCCGUCCUCUCCAAAGAUUAUGCUUCCAGCAAAAGUUGCCUCAUGGAAGUUGUACAAAUGUGGGAGUGCAGAGAGUCCAAUGGACAUACUAUCAUCCCCAUUUUCUAUGAUGUUAGCCCCUACGAUGUAAAACGCCAGGCCGGGGAUUUUGGAGAGUCAUUCGAGAAACAUGAGCAGGACGGAGUCAACGGAGAUACCAUCCAAAAAUGGAAGGAGGUGUUUCGAAAGAUCGGGGGAUUAAGCGGAUUUCACCGAGAGAAUGUACAUGGGGGGCACGAGGCCCAGCUCGUAAAAGAAGUUGUUACACGUGUCUGGCAGGAGUUGAAGAAGGAUGACCAAGCUGUCACCGACAAACUGGUUGGAAUCGAUCUUCAUGUUCAGGAGAUGAUGGCAAAGCUUGGUGUUGUCUACAGCCAAGGACAAGCGACGAAAGUAUGUGGGGAAGACGUGCGCGUCAUCGGAAUAUGCGGCCUGCGGGGUGUCGGGAAGACGACACUCGCCAAGGUUGUGUACAACGAGAUGCAUAAAUUGUUUGAUGGAUGUAGCUUCCUCGAAGGUAUAAAUUCGGAAGGAGUCAAGGUUUCCCAAGAAAUGCUGAUUGCUGACCUUCAAAAAGGAAAGCCUACACCACUUAGAUCAUCUAGCGAUGGUAUCAAAAAGAUAUCAAGUCUAUUUAGCAGAAUGAAGGUUCUCAUUGUGCUUGACGAUGUGCGUGAGGAUGAACAUAUUAAAUCAUUAGUUGGGGAGCUUGCUUGGUUUGGUUCAGGAAGCAGGAUCAUCGUGACCACCGACAACAGAAACAUUUUCAAUGGCUUCAACAAGGAAGCAGCUCGCCGAUCAGUCAAAGAACACAAGGUCGAACUGAUGACACAUCACCAUGCUCUUCAGCUCUUUCGUAAGCAUGCUUUCCAAGGGGGUGCGCCCCAAAAUGUCUCUGAGUAUGAUUCCCUGUCCAUAGACAUGGCCAAUGCUAUUGGAGGGCUGCCAUUGGCUAUUGCGCUCGUGGGUUCAAACUUAUGCAACAAUAGGGAUGAUAUACGGAUGUGGAGAAGUACCUUGAAAUUCUUGAAAAAGCACCAAGGAGACAAAGAAGCUGCCUUUAUGGUCAGUUAUGAGGACCUAGAUGAACACACAAAGCAGAUAUUCCUCGACAUAGCGUGUUUUUUUAUUGGAAAGGAUGAGAGGAUUCCCUUUUACAUGUGGGACGCUUGCGAUUACUAUCCGCCUAUUGGAAUAAAACAUCUGCGUGACAGGUAUUUGUUGGAAAUUGGAGAAAACAAUGAAUUGAGAAUGCACGAUCUGUUGAGAGACUUUGGCAGGAAACUUGUCGAGGAUAAACACCCUCAUAAGCGCUGCAGGUUUUGGAAUCACAGUGAUGCAAUUUCCAUUCCAAAGGAUGGUGAGGGUACUGAAAGUGUCCAAGGUAUCGGUCUAACAGUUGAAGAGGGUUCCACCUUCUGUUUUACAUGUGAAGAAUUUUGCAAUAUGUCGAAUUUGAGGUACCUCAGACUGGACCGGGCUGAAAUCCAGGGAAAUACUGAGAAUCUUCCUCCAAAAUUGAGGUGGCUUGAUUGGCGAGAGUGCCAUUCGAUUCCUGAGCUAUGUAAUAUGCAUUUGAAGGAGUUAGUCAUUCUCGAUCUGUCGGGGAGUCCGGUCUCCAAGCUUUCAAAAUUCUGGGAACAAAUCAUGGAGAAGGUGGAGAAGUUGAAAGUCUUGAACCUACAAGGAUGUGUUGACUUACAUCCAUCGUUGAACUCUCCAGCUCCCAUCAAUUUGGAGAUGUUGAUACUGGAAGAUUGUUAUCGGUUAAUUAAGAUUAGGCCAUUCAUUAGUGAUCUGACGAACUUGAGUUCCUUAAAUUUGAGAAAGUGCAGGCUAGUCACGGAGUUGCCCCCAGAACUGUACAGCAUGGCAUCUUUGAGGGAACUUCUGAUCGAUGAAACUGGCAUCGAACGAAUUCAUAUCCCGAAAAGGUCUAUGGAGAAACUUGAGACACUUAGUGCUUGUGGCUGUGAAAAGUUGACGCGUAUAUCCACAAUGGGCCACCUCACGGAACUCAAACGUCUUGCUCUGGAUGGUGCUCCAAUUAGGAAUUGGCAUGUGUUUCCCUUUGAAUUUCCUCCCAAUCUUCGGAGGCUUUCUUUAAGGAAUUGUCGUGAGUUCGCAAAUCUUCCACGGUCCAUCGAGAACCUGAGGCUGCUGGAGGAAAUGGACCUUUCAUACACUGGAAUCACGGUAAUGCCACCAUCAGUCAAGCAUUUGAGUAAUUUGAAGACGCUGAAGAUGGAAGGCACUCACCUGGAAAAAUUUCCUGAAAAUAUUGUGGAGUUAAAGAAACUGGAAGAGAUAGAUUUCUCUCGCUGCAGAAGUAUGAAGGUCCAAGGUGGUUGUGAUCUUUCAGGAUUGUCCUCUUUGAGAAUUUUGAAAUUAGCGUCAUCCAAUGUGGCUGGCCUGCCUGAGAGCAUUCGUCGUCUCUCUCGACUCCAAACCCUUGACGUAAGCAAAUGCCAACAACUUCAAGCGCUACCAGAGUUGCCUUCCAGUUUGCUCAGUCUCCGCUGGGGAUCCAAAAUCAUGGCCGUCCCCAAAUUGACAAAUCUGACAAAUCUAAAAGAGCUAUGCUUGAUCCAUGAUAUGCGGUCAGAAGCGGGGUCAUCGAAUCAGACACCAGAUAUCGGGUGGAUCGCGGGAUUAACGAGUCUAGUGACCUUGGAAUUGUCCCUUCCAGAUGUCACCAAUCUCCCUGGGAAUUUGAGCGCCCUUACGCAGUUGCGGAAACUCACUUUAUCCCACAUGAAGGAGCUAGACCUCACACAACAUCCCUUGCCCUCAACCUUAUGGACUCUGUGUCUCAAACUCUGCGAGAUUCAAGUGCCAAAAUUUUCUGGUCUGCAAUUAUUGUCAGAACUAGAGCUAGAGGAGUGCGAUUUAGCAGAGACUCAUGAUCUUGAAAAGUUAGAGCUUUUGGAAGUCCUCACAAUUACUGAUUGCAACGGUAUAACAAACCUUAAAGGGCUCAAAGAUUUACGACGUCUCAGGAAGGUGCAAGGUAUCUUUUCUGCUCGACCCGGCCUACCAAAAUUCUCCCAUCCUGUUGAAUUGGACAUAAUCCCUCGGGAUCCUUAUCCAUUGGUGGCCUAAUAUUCUCUGUCCUGUACGAACUGCUGUUGUACUUUCGGCUCCUCGACAGGACAAUCUCCUUUUAGUCUGAGAAACUGGAGAGCGACCUCUCUAAGGGCCACAAAAUACCCCAGGCAAAUUCUUUGAGUCCGGCGAUCCGUAGUGGCAUCAGCAAUCUCACACCAAAACCAUUGCCGAAGGUAAUGCCGACACUUGAACAGCUGCAUAUUUUGUUGUUCUAUUUGCACUGCUUUUACAAAGGUGCGGUUCAACAAGACACCAUUUACUGUUAUUCGUAGCAUGUAGGAUGCGUCCAAAAGCUGCCACUGCCACGCAGCUGUUGGAUUCGGCUGAAAAAGAGAAAACGAAGAAGGGCAAUAAGAUCCGGCAUCAUGGGGGCCUGUGCUUUCGUCGGCUUUGCUGGUGACCUCCAUCCUCAACAUCACCUUCAGCGUUGCCAUUCCAAGUCGUCGGGUUCUCAAAUCUCCUGGAGUUGAUGAUAGGAUAGGAUGGUGAUCGAAAUGGAUAUGACGGAGAUCUAAUGAGGAGGAAUUACAAGAGAGUGCGCUCGCGACUAUGAAAUUGAAUGUGAUGAUUGCGAUGUUGAGAGAAAAUGAGUGAGAGAGAGGCAUCUUUGAAUUGAUUUGUUGCAUGGAAAAGGAAACGUUUCGUUUAUCGUUCUCUUCUCCUCUUCGUAUUUUGAUUCGCUUCCCUCGCGUGUUUUGAUAGAAAUCCCGGUUCAUGGUGAUGGCUCAACUCGUCCAAUCGGAAACGAUGCUUGACUACAUAUAAAUUUAUGAAUAACAAGGAAGUUUGG